UAGGCCGUUCUCGAGUGCGAGCCCGCCGGGUUACGUGCCGUCACGUGGGCGCGCGGGCCCGACUCCCGGCCGCGGCUCGAGCCCGCGCGCUCGUUCUUCGGCCCCUGGCGGUGGCGCGCGUGCCGCGGGGAGGCUCGGAGAGGCGCGCUCAUUUUCCCCAGGUCGCGCAGCGCUGGUGAACCCCGCGGGCAGCGCUGGCACGCGCGCCGGUUCAGGUUGUCUGAGCUCCAGAAGAGGGGCGCGUCCCCGUCCCCUGUCCCCUCGCCUGGGGCAAGGGCGAUGGCACCCCAUCUGGUGCAGCCUGGGUGGCGCUUCUGGCGGCAGGCGGCGUGCACUCUGGGAGCCUCUGUGCAGCACAGGACAUGGGCAGGGACGUCCAGGAUCCCCAGGCUGGGCAGCCCGUGGGGAGCCACGGCCACCAGCCCCCGGGUCUACAGAAGUGGCUUUUCCACGUCCCCCCGGGCCCCGGAGGUGAUGCUGACCCGGGAGCGCUACCCUGUGAAGCGGCUGCCAUUCUCCGUGGUGUCUGGGGAAGACCUGGCAGCCUUUGAACGCAUCGUCCCCGGCAGGGUCAUCACAGACCCAGAGGUGCUGGAGGCUUCAAAUGUGGACUGGCUUCGAACGGUCCGAGGGAGCAGCGUGCUGCUGCUGAGGCCACGGACGACAGAGGAGGUGUCCCACAUCCUCAGGCACUGUCACGAGAGGAACCUGGCCGUGAACCCGCAGGGGGGAAACACAGGCAUGGUGGGGGGCAGCGUGCCCGUCUUUGAUGAGGUCAUCUUGUCCACCGCCCUGAUGAACCAGGUCAUCAGCUUCCACGACAUGUCCGGGACCCUGGUGUGCCAGGCGGGCUGUGUCCUGGAGGAUCUCAGCCGUCACGUGGAGGAGAGGGGCUUCGUCAUGCCCCUGGACCUGGGGGCCAAGGGCAGCUGCCACAUCGGGGGAAACGUGGCCACCAAUGCAGGCGGCCUGCGGUUUCUGCGCUACGGCUCGCUUCACGGGACCGUCCUGGGCCUGGAAGCGGUUCUCGCGGACGGCACGGUCCUGAACUGCCUGAGCACCCUGCGGAAGGACAACACGGGCUACGAUCUGAAGCAGCUCUUCAUCGGGUCCGAGGGCACGCUGGGGGUCAUCACGGCUGUGUCCAUCUUGUGUCCGCCCAAGCCCAGGGCUGUGAGUGUGGCUUUCCUCGGUUGUCCGGGCUUCUCUGAGGUCCUGCAGACCUUCAGCACCUGCAAGGGGCUGCUGGGUGAGAUCUUGUCCGCGUAUGAGUUCAUGGAUGCCGAGUGCAUGUGGCUGGUCACGCACCACCUUCGCCUCGCCAGCCCGGUGCAAGAAAGUCCCUUCUAUGUUCUGAUCGAGACCUCAGGCUCCAGAGCAGGCCAUGAUGCUGAGAAACUGAAUGACUUCCUGGAGCAGGUGCUGAGCUCCGGCCUGGUGACGGAUGGGACUGUGGCCACAGACCACCUGAAAGUCAAGGCGCUGUGGGCCCUCAGGGAGAGGAUCUCGGAGGCGCUGAGCCGCGAUGGCUACGUGUACAAGUACGACCUCUCGCUGCCCACCGAGAGGCUCUACGACCUUGUGACUGACCUACGCGUGCGCCUCGGCCCGCGGGCCAAGCACGUGGUGGGCUACGGCCACCUGGGGGAUGGGAACCUGCACCUCAAUGUGACGUCGGAGGCCUUCAGCCCUUCGGUGCUGGGCACCCUGGAGCCCUAUGUGUACGAGUGGACGGCCGAGCAGCAGGGCAGCGUCAGUGCAGAGCACGGCCUGGGCUUCAAGAAGAGGGGCGUCCUCGGCUACAGCAAGCCGCCCGAGGCCCUGUGGCUCAUGCAGCAACUCAAGGCCCUCUUGGACCCCAAGGGCAUCCUGAACCCCUACAAGACGCUACCUGCCCAGGCCUGACAGGGCCUGCCGGGGCCAGUGGGAGACACGGGAGGGGCCUUGGUCCUGUCCUGGUCUUGCUGUCCUGGUCACCGUGGGCCUGUGGGGCUGGCUGGGGGCGGGGUGGGGGCGGGGUGGGGGCGGGUCCCUCCCGGCUGCGCUGCUCAGCUUCUGUGCAGGCGCCCUCCAGCCCUCUGCAGGUUGGGAAGCGGCCUCCUGCUGCACCUGCCGGGCAGGCCGGUGGGCGAGCAGCUCUGCCCGCUCCGGAGACCGGCUGCAGCCGUGGGAGGGGACGUGGGUGGUCCUGUCCCCCAUGUGGCGUGAGCCCCCGGCAGAGGUGAUGAGCUCUGUGUGGGGUCCGUCCCGGGUCACCAGGGUCACCUUUGAGCCAGAGUGACAGGGACAGGCUCCGCCCUGGAAGGCAUCAUUCCUCCAUUUUCUGGAAGGUCUGUGCAUCGGCAAGACCAUUGUCGGAGGUCAGCCAUUAGUUUUUCGUCUCGGUGGUUUGCUGUGAUGUGUCUGGUCUUCUGCAUCAAAGGUCAGUGAGGCCAGGGGCCAGGCCCAGGCACAUUGCUUCCGCGGCCCUGGCCUGCUAGUUGCUGUCGCCCUGGGGCCUCCUGGGGCCUCCUGGGGAUGUGGAGGUCUGAGGUUGGGUAUGUUUUCGCUUUCGGGCCGUCAUGAACUUCCAGUAAAAAUGGGAAUUAAUCACGA